AUGGAAGAGAAGACAUUAGAAGAGCCACGGAAUCCUUCUGAGGUUUUAGAGCGUGCCCGGAUGCUUUAUGGAGGUAAGGACCACCGUGGACUGGAAGGGCUGUUUGGCAAGUACCUGCGUAAGUCUUAUGACCUGGAGUUCUGGAUACUGUAUGUUGAGUAUGUGAAGAAGGUGAGCCAGAAGAAGUUCAAGCUGUAUGAGGUUUAUGAGUUUACGCUUGGGCAGUUUGAGCAUUACUGGGAUCUUAUUGGGUUAUAUAAGGAGUAUAUUGAGGAGCUGGGCAAGAUUGAAGACGAGCAGCUGAGGAUUGAGAAAAUACGGAGUGCAUACAUGAAGGCAUUGCAGACGCCGAUGGGAUCGCUAGGCGAGCUAUGGAAAGCAUUUGAGAGCUUUGAACUUGAUCUGAAUAAGAUUACAGGGAAGAAGAUAGUGAAUGACAUGCUUGCGGUGUUCCAGAAUACUUUCCAGCGGUAUCAGAUGAUACAACCGCUUGUGAGGAGCUGGAGUGUUGCGAGUGCUUCUGAGCUGAUUGAUGUAGAGGUUGAGAUGGGACAGAAGCUUAGUGAGAAAGCUUAUGAGUCACGGAUGCAUUUUAUACACAACUAUAUUCUUGAUUCUUUUCAUUAUGCACAAGAGGUUUAUUUUUUCUACAGCGAGUAUUUGAUUGGGAUAGGACAGAAGGAAAAGGCGAAGAAGAUGGUGGAGAGGGGAAUUGAGAUGAGUGAUGGGAUGUUUCUGCCACUUUAUUACGGGUUAGUGAUGGAUGAGGAGGAGGUUUAUAUGGACCUGCAGAAGCGAUAUGCAGGAGAAGAAGGCAGACAUGAGAAGGAAGCAGAUCUUGUUUCAAUAAAUCACCUGAGUUAUGUGCUGAAGAAGAAGGGACUUGAAGCGUUUCGGAAGAUGUUUAUUGAACUGAGUAGUGGACGAAUUGGGCCGCAUGUUUAUGUGUAUUGUGCGUUUGUUGAAUAUUAUGCUACUGGAAGUAAAACAACACCUUAUAACAUUUUUUCGUCUGGAUUGCAGAAGCAUCCUGAGAGUGUGCUUCUCAAAGAGGAGUUUUUUCUGUUUCUACUGAAGAUUGGAGAUGAGGAGAAUGCAAGGGCGCUUUUUAAACGAUUUGAAAGGACAUGGAGGAUGUGGGAUGCGAUGAUUGGAUAUGAGUUUAUGGUGGGCAGCAUGGAUCUGUUUAGAGAGCUUGUUGGACAGAAGAUGGCGUCGAUCAAGAGCGGGACGAUUGUUGAGGAUGCAUAUAGAAAGGAGGAGGGAAGACAAGCUGGAGGGAUGCUUGGGAGGUAUUGUAGCUUUGUUGAUUCGUUCAGCUUCCUUGAUCUGAGGAUUGGGGACGAAUCGAGGGUUGUUGAUGAGUUUAUUGAGAAGCUUCCUGAGGUUAGCCGAGCAAGCAAUGUGCUUUCGAACCUGAGAAUCGAAGGCGUGAUUGAGCUCCUGAAGGGCAUGAGCUGGUGA